AGUUUCUGGCGAAGUCUCAGCGGCGGAACAGAGUGACUGAGUUUGUUGUGUGCGUGUGCGUAUAACCAAGCGUACAACACUCGUUUCUCUCUCUUUCUCUCCCCGUUGGGUUAGUACAAAAUUCUCUUAGCGCUGGUUAGAGUUCCUCUUCUCUCCAUCGGUGCCGGGAGUCUAUCACGGCAGAGAGUUCGCGGUGUGAACGGUUUUUUUUCCAACGUCACGAGAGAGAAAUGGAGGUCGAGCAAGCCGUAUCCCGGCCGCAUUCCGACCAGGAAAAAAUAUCGAAGGAAAAUAGCAGUGCGGCCGGGAAUCAUGGAGAUGCGCAUAUGAACGGCAUGUCCAAUGGUUAUGAUCGUAAGAAAGAGCACAAGUCGGAGCACAGGGACAGGGAUAAAGAGAGAUCGCACAAGUCCGAACACAGGGACAAGGAACGUAGCAAGGACAAAGAUAAAAGCCAUAAGAGCGAGCAUCGAGACAAGGAUAGGCACAAGUCCAGCUCUAGUUCUUCUAAGGACAAGGAUAAGGAAAAACAUAGCAGCAGCAAAGAUAGCAAAGAAAAAGACAAAAAGAGCAGCUCCUCUUCGAGCCGAGACAAGGACCAUAAGAGUAGUACGAGUAGCUCUUCGAGCAAGGAUAAAGACAAGAGCAAAGAUCAUCACAAAUCUAGUUCGAGUUCGAAGGACAAACAUGCAAGUUCCAAGGAUAAAGAAAGUUCGAGCAAAGAUAAAGAUAGUUCCAACAAGGACAAAGAAAGUUCGAGCAAGGAUAAAGAUAGUUCCCGGAGUAAGGACAAGCACAAGCAUAGUUCCAUGAACAGCUCGAGUUCUCGUGACAAGGACAAGAGUCUAUCCUCCAAGGACAAAGACAAAGAUCGCAAACAUUCCUCCGAGAAGGACAAGGAAAGGCAUUCCAGUUCUCACUCGUCGCUCGAGAAAGAUAAGCAUCGUUCCUCAGACAAGGACAAACAUCGUCAUGAGAAAGAUCGAGAUCGUCAUCGUCACGACAAAGAUAGAUCUAAACACCGGGAUGACAAAAACAAGAAGGAAUCAAAGAUCAAAGAGGAGCCAAAGAUUAAGGAGGAAAAUGAUAUUAAGACUGAAACUUACGAGAAACAAGAAAUUCAUCACAACAAUGUUUACAAGCUUGAAAUUAAAGAGGAAGUCAAGUCGCAAAUCGCAGAGCCCGACUACGACGACGACAGUGGAGAAGAGGCCCCACUGUACAUCAAAGAGGAAGAGGACGAUGUUCGAAACGAUGCGACAAUGGAUUCGACGGACGGUAACGACACUCGUCUAUCGGAGCUUCACAAUACAACGUUGAAAACUGAGGAAGAAUCGGAUGAAGAUAUUCCACUAGGCGCCAGAACUUCGCAUAUCAAACGGAAAGUUGAUUUCGAUGAUGAUGAUGAGGAGGACAUUCCGUUGUCAGCAAGGAAAAAACCUAAGAAAGAAUCCAAGCCGAAGAAAAAAAAGAGAAAACAUUCGGAUGACGACGAAUACGACGAUCUUGAAGAGAAACCGAAAAAGAAGAACGCCAAGCCCGUGAAAUCGGAGACGACGAGUCCCCGAAAGAAGAAAAAGGUCGAAGAGGAAGCUGAAGUUUGGAAAUGGUGGGAAGAAGAAAAGAAAUCAGAUGGCUCAAAAUGGCAUUUUCUGGAACACAAAGGUCCAGUGUUUGCUCCAGCUUAUGAGCCAUUGCCGCCGAAGGUAAAGUUCUACUACAAUGGUAAAGAGAUGAAAUUGGCUCCGGACACCGAGGAGGUAGCUACAUUUUACGCUCGUAUGUUGGACCACGAUUACACAACGAAAGCUGUAUUCAAUGACAACUUCAUGCAUGAUUGGCGUUCUAUAAUGACGGAGAGUGAAAGAUCAAAAAUAAAUGAUCUUCAAAAGUGCAAUUUCAAGGAGAUGCAUGCGUAUUUCCUGGAGAAGAGCGAGGAACGUAAAGCGAUGUCGAAAGAAGAGAAAAAAGCGUUAAAAGAAGCGAACGAGGAGGUUGCAAAGGAGUAUGGUUUUUGUACGAUCGACGGACACAAAGAGAAAAUAGGUAAUUUCAAAAUAGAGCCACCGGGUUUGUUCCGAGGCCGUGGAGAGCAUCCGAAAAUGGGAAAAUUGAAAAAACGAGUGUUGCCAGAGGAUGUGCUGAUAAAUUGUUCGAAAGAUUCAAGCAUACCGAAACCACCGCCGGGUCAUAAAUGGAAGGAGAUUCGUCACGAUCCGAACGUAACGUGGCUGGCGUCGUGGACAGAGAAUGUACAAGGUCAAGUUAAAUACGUCAUGCUUAAUCCGUCGAGUAAAUUGAAGGGUGAGAAAGAUUGGCAGAAGUACGAAACUGCAAGAAAAUUGGCCAAAUCCAUUGACAAAAUAAGAGCAGAAUAUCGCGAGGAUUGGAAGAGCAAAGAAAUGCGUAUCAGACAACGCGCUGUCGCGCUUUAUUUCGUUGACAAAUUGGCUCUCAGAGCGGGUAACGAGAAAGACGAGGAUCAAGCUGAUACCGUGGGCUGCUGUUCCCUUCGCGUAGAGCACAUCUCGUUGCAUGAGCAAAAAGAUGGCAAAGAAUACGUCGUUGUGUUCGACUUCCUCGGUAAAGAUUCUAUAAGAUAUUACAACGAGGUACCUGUCGAAAAACGCGUUUUCAAAAAUCUUGUCCUAUUCAUGGAAAACAAAGCUCCCGGCGAUGACUUGUUUGAUCGUCUCAACACAACCGUGCUGAACAAACAUUUGAAUGAAUUGAUGGAAGGUCUUACAGCCAAAGUAUUCAGGACUUACAACGCUUCGUGGACGCUGCAACAACAAUUAGAGGAAUUAACCAAUCCCGAUGACACUAUCGCCGAAAAAAUUCUUUCUUAUAAUCGAGCUAAUCGGGCCGUUGCCAUUCUUUGUAACCAUCAACGUUCUGUACCAAAAACGCAUGCUAAAUCUAUGGAAAAUUUGAAAGCCAAAAUUGAGGCCAAGAAAGAAGCUAUCGAGGAAACCGAAGCUCAAGUCAAGGACGCUAAACGAGAAGCCAAAAAUGGCUCGGUGAAAGAAAAAGUUAAUUAUGACAAAAAGAAGAAAGCCCUAGAAAGACUAAAGGAACAACUUGCCAAAUUGGAAGUUCAAGCAACCGACAGAGAGGAAAAUAAGGAUAUUGCCUUGGGAACUUCAAAACUGAACUACCUCGAUCCACGAAUCUCCAUUGCAUGGUGCAAAAAGAACAACGUCCCCAUUGAAAAGAUUUACAACAAGACUCAACGAGACAAAUUCAGAUGGGCGAUAGACAUGGCAACUGCGGAUUACGUAUUUUAAUACUUCAACCAGCGAGACAAUCCUGGAUCUUACAGCACCUUCUUCUCUCGUCGUUCGAGGGGAUUAUAGUAAAAUUGACAUGGAAAACGGCCGGGUAAACUUUAUCAUGAAUGAACGAAAAGAAAGGGCGAGAAUGAGAGUCCGAUGCGCCAAAAGACGUGAAAUCGAGAACGGAGAAAGAGAAGAAACGAGAGAUACAGUAUAAUUUUUUAUGUGUACAAGAAUAGUGGGAUCGCGAGGGUGUGUGAACAUUAUUCUAAACAAAAAAGUGCUGUAUGAGAAGUAAAAAAGAAACGGAAGGAGAAAACGUGGAGAAGAACAAACAAAAUUUCAGUGGAGAAGACUCUUAUACCUAAUGUAAUUAGUACAUAUUUGUAAUGGUGACUCGUGCACUGGAUAGCUCGGAUGUAUGCGUGGGGAAAAUAAGGGAGAAAUUCAAAAAAAAGGAAGGCAAGAGAAAAUAGAAAAGCAAGGAACUUUGGAAUCGUAAUGAUAAAGUUUUAUUCACUAAACGAACUAAAAAAUAUGAAGGAGGAGGGGGCGAUGAGAAUAACAAGUGUAAGAGAAUUAUGUGUUGAACGAAUUCGGCAAGAAAAAUUGUCGUUUAAGACUCGCGUAAGGAAGUCGUUUAGUUAGACAUUUCGUAUGUGUAUGGACUUAGAAAAAUACGAUUGUACAUAAAACAAUAACGAUAAUAAUGAUAAUAACAAUAAUAAUGAAGCUCGAUUUGAAAAACACGAUAAACCCGAUUAAAAAAAGGAGGAAGCUCUCAUUACAGUCUGCGUUUCGUAAGCCGAAACUUUUACUGGCUCUUUGUAUACAUAAAACUCAAGAUAUAACCGUUGUUUUUGUCAUCAACGGGAAGCAGAACGAUCGUGAACGGGAACGAAGAGAAAAAUUAGUAAAAAAUGCGAGUAAUAUUACACCGGAAAUGGAGAUCAACAUGUUUGUGGGCAUGUUGUUUUAUUUAAUGAAAACUUGCAACGUGUUCUGGUUUUUCUCCGCGGUUUCAAGUUUUGUAGACGCUAAAAUUUAGACUAGAAUAAUUUUCAACGGUAAUGUGUGCUUUUUAAUUGUUAAAGUAUUCAAAACAAAAAAUGUCAUUUGCACACGUUUCCCUUCCCUGGGUUAGGAGUCAUAGCGCGCGAGUGCUACGAAAAGAAAAUGGUCGUGAAACAGCACCGACAGGUGUAUUUCAGACUCAGAACUACCGAGAAAUUACGUUGUUGAGGAACAAAUGCACUGUGCUCAUUCGCAAUAAGUCACCUUUCAAAUUAAAAUGGACUCUGGCCGUUGCAAUGUAAUGAACAGGAUAAUAUUUCGUUAAAAAGAAACGAACGACGAAAACGUUUUUGAGUUAUGGAACAUCAAGACGUUGCUGAUUCACGUUUUAUUCCUUCAAUCGAUAGAUCAAUCCUACCGAAAAUCAAUUCUGCUAUUAACGAUUUAUAAGGAACAACAACAACAACAAAAUUAGAAAAAUGAAUACGGAAACUCGGAAUAACUCGUUAUUCUGAAUGCAAUUUAUGCACUUAUAUAUAUUUAUAUAUAUAUACACACACCGAUGUAUAUAUAUAUAUGUAUGACGAAUAUGUACACGCAUAAUUAUAUAUGAAUAUAUAUUUAAGGAAAUACUUGUGCUAAAAUCGUGUACGGUAUAGAAACAGUGGUUUUUUGUUCUCCCAAAACGUUGUUUCGAAAGUGUAUAUCGUCCGGAGAGCUCGAGUACAUUUUAUUUUUAAAUUGUUCAUAAAAAAUUUCUAACGCUGGUAAAAUGGAAGGAAAAAUUCUGUUUUUUCCACCCUCUUUUUUCCUCUUUCUUAUUUUUUAUUUGCGGAACUAAUAAAAAGCCACUGUUGUCGAAAACUGCCACAAAAUCCUCUAGUUUGAAAAUGAUCUAUCGUUCAGACUCGUCGUUUAAAAAACAAAGUAUUUUUAUUCGAUCGAAUUUUUCGAACGUACGCAUUUCGGCGUGUGUCCAUUUUGUUUCGUUUUACCUCUAAUUUUUAUCAACAACAAUUACAAUUUGAAGCUUAAAUUUCACUGAAAAUUAUAAUUUUUUGACACACCAUUCUCUCAUUGAAUGUGCCCCGAUAUCACUGACGAGAUGAAAACAUUUAUUUAUGUACGGAUCACUUUUAUUUAUUCUACUAGGCCAAUUAUUAUUGCUAUUUUCUUUUUUCUUAAUAAUCGAAUUUCAAUUUCGACAUGGAUAGUUAUUGAAAAAUGAGUCCAAUAAGUCUAAGCGUAGAUUUAAAUAAAAUGAAAACAACCAAUAAUAUCAUGUAAGAUAUUUCUUGUGAGAUUAUAAAAACAAUAUUGUUUUUCUCUCCUAA